UGCCGCGCAGUGUUCGUCAUGGAGCUGGCGCCGCGGAGCUGUCCCGUCCGGCGGUGGCUCCCGCCGCUGCUGCUGCUGCUGGGCCUGAGCGCGGGAGCUGUCAUCGACUGGCCCACAGAGGAGGGCAAGGAAGUAUGGGAUUACGUGACUGUCCGCAAGGAUGCCCACAUGUUCUGGUGGCUCUACUAUGCCACCAACCCAUGCAAGAACUUCUCAGAACUGCCCCUGGUCAUGUGGCUUCAGGGUGGUCCAGGAGGUUCCAGCACUGGAUUUGGAAACUUUGAGGAAAUUGGGCCCCUUGACAGUGAUCUCAAACCACGAAAAACCACCUGGCUGCAGGCUGCCAGUCUCCUAUUUGUGGAUAAUCCUGUAGGCAGUGGGUUCAGUUACGUGAACCAGAGUGGUGCCUAUGCCAAGGACCUUGCUACAGUGUCUUCAGACAUGAUGGUUCUCCUGAAGACCUUCUUCGAUUGCCACAAAGAAUUCCAGACAGUUCCAUUCUACAUUUUCUCAGAGUCCUACGGAGGAAAAAUGGCUGCUGGCAUUGGUCUAGAACUUUAUAAGGCCAUUCAGCAAGGGACCGUCAAAUGCAACUUUGCUGGGGUUGCUUUGGGUGAUUCCUGGAUCUCCCCCAUUGAUUCGGUGCUCUCCUGGGGACCUUACCUGUACAGCAUGUCUCUUCUCGAUGACAGUGGUCUGGCAGAGGUGUUUGAGGUUGCAGAGCAAGUCCUGGAUGCUGUAAAUAAGGGGUUCUACAAGGAGGCCACGCAGCUCUGGGGGAAAGCAGAAACAGUCAUUGAAAAGAACACAGAUGGGGUGAACUUCUAUAACAUCUUAACUAAAAGCACUCCCUUGCCUGCAAUGGAGUCGAGCCUGGAAUUCACACAGAACCACCUUGUUCGUCUUUGUGAACGCCACGUGAGAUACCUCCAUGGAGACUCCUUAAGUCAGCUCAUGAACGGUCCCAUCAGGAAGAAGCUCAAAAUUAUUCCUGAGGAUUACUCCUGGGGAGGCCAGGCUACCAGCGUCUUCGUUAACAUGGAGAAGGACUUCAUGAAGCCAGUCAUCAGCAUUGUGGAUGAACUGCUGAAUGCCGGGGUCAAUGUGACUGUCUAUAAUGGACAGCUUGAUCUCAUCGUGGACACCAUGGGUCAGGAAGCUUGGCUGCGGAAACUGAAAUGGCCAGAACUGCCCGAAUUCAAUAAGCUUAAGUGGAAGGCCCUGUACAGCAACCCGGAAUCUUCUGAAACAUCCGCUUUUGUCAAGUCCUACAAGAACCUGGCUUUCUACUGGAUCCUAAGAGCUGGUCACAUGGUUCCUUCUGACCAAGGGGACAUGGCUCUGAAGAUGCUGAGAUUGGUGACUCAACAAGAAUAGGAUGGACUGGGCUGGAGAUGACUGAGCUUGGCCUCAGGCACAGGAGCCAAGCCGAGGACUCUGAAGCUGCUGGAAGAAAUUUCUUCCCUGAAUCUAACUUGGGCUGUAAUUACGAAGGUUCCAACCAGCUUCCUUAGAGGAUAAAAUCAUUGCCUCUGUGGCAACUUAAAAUUCAUUUCUGCUUCUUAAAAAAGUCUAAGUUUUUAAAAAUGGAUCUGUUUUAAUCAAAACAAAGGAUUGUAUUAACUUUUUCUUAUUGCAAAAGCAAAUGAUGCAAUUUAUAGAAAAAGCAAGAAAUACAGGUAAAUAAAGAACAAAAUAAACUCCCUUCCCAUAUACUCCCUUCCCAGAGAUAAGCACUGUUACCAAUUUAGUAUAUAUCCUUGCAGAUCUUUUUUUGCUAUAUAUACAUAUAUAUUUUUUACAAAAAAUGGAAUCAUUCCUGUAUGUUAUUCUACUGUCUAUUUUGUUUACAUAUCAAUAUGUCCUAAAUACCAU